CGUUUUCACCUCCCUGAAGGGUGCUGACCCCUGCUUCGAUGCGAUGAACAACUACCUGGAUUCUCUUGAUUUAAGAAGUACCACUGAAGACCCAUGGUACUACUCGGAUGAAGUUUUAACCAAAAUGAGAGAAAAAGCAGAAGAGGUCCACAAUCUUGCCAAAGCACUGAAGAACAACCCCAGAGUCUGUUUCCUCAUAGCCUCGAUUGCAAAUGAGAAGUACACAGGAGCAACUAUCUACCAUUACAAGGACGGCAUCCUGGUCACUGAUGAUUUCACAAACCUAAACCUCCCUCCUGUGGAGGAGAUCACAGACAGGACAGAUCUGAUGUGGUAUGCCUGUGACCUCACCCUGGACCCAAACACUGCAAACGGGCACCUCAUUCUGUCUGAGGGAAACAAAAAGGCAACAUAUGGAUCAUGGCAGUACUAUCCUGAGCAUCCAGAGAGGUUUGAUAAACAACCUCAGGUGUUGUGCAGUCAGGGGUUAACUGGGCGUCAUUACUGGGAGGUAGAGUGGAGCAUUAGCUUCUAUGCAGAGAUUUACGUAGGUGCUGCAUACAAAUCACUUAAAAGAAAAGGAGACGGUUCACAGAGCUCACUUCGUGAUAGUGCCAUAUCAUGGGCUUUGCUCAAUUGGGCUUCAGAUACAAAGCACACACUUGAGCCAUGGCAUAAUGGGAAGUUGAAGGAACUUCCCUUUGGCUGCAGCAGAGUUGGGGUGUAUCUGGACUGGCCUGCUGGCACUCUGUCCUUUUACCAAGUCUCUUCUAACACACUGAGUCACCUGCACACCUUUCACACCACAUUCACUGAGCCUCUUCACCCAGGCUUCUCUGUUAGUUGGCAGUCCAAAUAUGCAUACCUGUGUCCAUUUGAAUAAGAGCAAUGACAAAAGAUUCUUGGUCUGUGCCCAGAGAUAAAAAGUUACAACAUUUGAUUGUGUUUCUCUUUUUUUAACUUUCAUUUGUUUUAUUUUGAUGAUCACAAUUAAAAAUCAGAAUCAUUGUUGUUACCCAAAGAUUUCUUAUUGUUUCUUUUUAUGUAUCAUUUAAUCAGCUCAUCAUUAUUAUAAUUAUCAUUAUAGUUUCUUUUAUGGGUGAGGCGGCUCUGUUUGGAAAGGUGUGACAGAUGAUGAGUCAGCAGGACUCACAGCCCGUAACCCCGCGUGGAGUU